AUGGCACCGGGAGCCUCCGACAGAGACACUUCACGCAGUAAAAGGAGGGAACCGCGUGACUGGAACUCCAGCUGGAACAGGAGCCUGAAAGAGAUCGCUGGCUUGCUGCCCAUCUCUGAUCCCUGCAAUGGCCGUGGACUCACUAAGAAGGAGACCCUGGUCCACGUGCUGCAGUACCUGGACUUCCUCCAGAAUCACAUCCAGAGCCUGCAGAGCCGCCUCCCCAGCCACUGCCUCCCAAAGACCCAUGAGAGCGGGUGGGGCGGAUGUGAGGGUAAGCCCCCACCGGAGUCGCUCACACCCCCCCCGUUCCUCAAGGCCAGGCGGAAACACGUCUGCGACCGCCCACGCAAGAGGCCACCCCCUGGCAGAGAGCUCUGGGCAGAAGCACAGGAGAAGAGGUGGAGACUCCACAAGGCGGAGUCGAAUGAUAGCGACAAUCUAACUGAGGAUGAAGUAGAGUCCAUGCCCAUGUGGAGUGGGCGCUGUGAUUGGUCUGGGCUUCAGGCUGCAGGAAGUCAAGGGGCAUGGCCAACACAGGACAGCGACUCUCCAAGUUCCUUGGAAUCAGCGUUCAGUCCUGGCCAGCCGUCUACUCUGACUGUGCCCCCUGGAGGGAAUUGUGGAGACCAGCAUGUGCAGUAUCCAGGGGAAGGAGACGGCUGCUCUGACUGUGAGGAUCGGAUGGCCAGCGGAGAGAGCAGCUCCAGCAGUGGGGUCCAAGACUCCCCGGCGCCAGGCUCAUGGGCACUGCUCCUGAAAGACGGGGUGCUGGAGGUGCACCCCUCUGUGGCUGAGGAGGACUCUCCCCUCGCCUGUGGAUCCCCGCCCAGACGGGCGUCGCUGCCGCCUCUGCUUCCCGGUUUUGGUGCCAGGGAAAGCUUGAACCUCAGCCCCUCCCUCCUCACUUCCCCCGGCCGCGGAGUCUCCCACUGCCUGCUGGCCGAGGGGCAAGAGGAGCUGCAGGCACUGUUUGAAGAUGUUUGGGUCACCCCCAAAAGCAGCACCCCCAAAGUGCCUAGUUUGCCUUGGAACCCCCCUGUGGACAAGCUGUCUGAGUCGGAGGGGGCUGUAGAGAACGGGGAUGGCUGUCUGUCGUCUCAGAGCGAGGGGGAGGACUGCAACUGGACCCCCACCCAGAGGGGUCCCCCCAGAAAGGGGCGCCACGGACAGCGGCAGAGGGGAUCCACCGCCAGGGGGCGCCAGCGCUCCCGCCCCAGCCUGAAGAAGAAAUGCGUCAACGGUUUUAUCAUGUUCUGCCGCAUCAACAGGAAGAUCUACCUGCGAACCCACCCCGGCACCCCCUCCACCGUGGUCACCAAGGAGCUGGCCCACCUGUGGCACAUCAUGCCCAAGCAGGAGAGACGAGUGUACUGCGUGAAGGCAUGGCGCUUCAGCCGGCAGCAGAACCGGAAUGUGCGGAGCGUGGGGGCGGAGGGCGAGGGGGACGGAGAGGAGGGCGUGGCCAGCCCCCUGCACAUGCUGCUGGCACAUAGGGACCUGUACGCUGCCGCCAGAGGGGGGCGCUGA